UAGAAUUUGUCUAGCAGGUUUUCUGGCUCUUGCUGGAAAACCCCUCCCAAUCUCAUUGGUUAACAAGAGUAGCAACGAGUCCAGCUUGGCGGCUGGUGUGGGUUUUUUUCUCGCUGUGGUUCCCUAUUUCUCUAGGACUUCCGUGCGUGUGUGUUAGUUAGGUCCACGCUCGGAGACUUCCGCCUCGCGCGCUAUAGCUUCCUUUCCGCCUCCGCUGGCCCGCAGCCGUGGUCGAGGCGGCUGGCUUCUUCGGAUCUCUUCGGUGUUCCCAUAGUCAAGUAGCGACUGGGGUUCUAUGGCGUCCGCCUCGGCCCAGCCCGCGGCCCUGAGCGCAGAGCAGGCCAAGGUGGUUUUGGCGGAGGUGAUCCAAGCGUUCUCGGCCCCAGAGAACGCCGUGCGCAUGGACGAGGCUAGAGACAAUGCAUGCAACGAUAUGGGCAAGAUGCUGCAGUUCGUGCUGCCAGUAGCCACACAGAUCCAGCAGGAGGUUAUUAAAGCCUAUGGCUUCAGUUGCGACGGGGAAGGUGUCCUUAAGUUUGCCCGCCUAGUCAAAUCUUACGAAGCGCAGGAUCCUGAGAUUGCCAGCCUGUCCGGCAAGUUAAAGGCCCUGUUCCUGCCACCCAUGACACUGCCGCCCCAUGGGCCAGCUUCCGGAAGCAGUGUGGCAGCCUCCUGAGAUUUGUUCUUGCGCGUGUGCCACUGCCAGGGAAGACGACCUUGCUCUCCAGAAGAUAAUAAAUGCCUGUGACUAAA